UUGCGUCAGCUGACGCAAAUCCUGGGCCUUUGUUAUAAAAGCAAAAUUUCUGUUAAGUGAAACGCCCCUACACUCUUGAAAACUUACUUUUCUAUUACGCCCAAAAAUCAAAUAUGACCUGCCCCUGUAUGAAGGAUAACCAGUGCACUUGCCAAGUCUCUGAGUGCAAGUGUGGAAAGGAAUGUGUCUGCCAAUGCAGCCAGAAGGAUCAAGCCUCUACCCACAGCUCUAACUGUGCAUGCAAAAAGUCUGGCGCUGACUGUGGCUGUGGUAGUUCUUGCAAGUGUUAACUGGCAUGUUUGACGCGUGGCUGCCAAGCCCAUCAACACUGUCAAAAAGGAAUAUCAAAUCAAACAAAAAACAAAGCAAAAAAAGGGACCAAGGUGUGAAAUAUGGAGGUUUAAGAAGUACUCAAAAUCUUGUAAAAACUGUAAAAAAAAAAAAAAAAUAGUCUUGUAGUUUAGGAUAAGGUGAAUAGGAUAGGUAAUUGAUAGUGUUAGGUAUACUGGAAGCAAGUAGUGCAUGAAGUAAAAUAAAAUGCUAUUUUGUAACAAAGCA